AUGUGGGGCCCAAAUCGAACCACAGUGAAUGAGUUUCUUCUCCUUGGCUUUACCAGUCAUCCUACAUUACAACGCCUUUUCGUUGUGCUGUGCCUGGUCAUGGCUCUGGCCACAGUACUUGGAAAUAGUCUCAUUACCUUCCUGGUUUGGACUGACUCCCACCUCCACACAGCCAUGUAUUUUUUCAUUGGUAACCUCUCUUUGUUGGACAUACUUUUCACAAUAAUCACUGUCCCUCAGAUGCUCGUACACUUAGCCUCUGGUGUCAAUAUAAUUUCAUUCAAUAGAUGCAUGGCCCAACUUAACCUGAGCCUCUCCUGUGGAAUGACUGAGUGCUUCAUUCUGGCUUUCAUGGCCUAUGACCGCUAUGUGGCAAUAUGUCAGCCUCUAAGAUACCCCACCAUCAUGGGAAUGCGUGUAUCCAUGAAGAUGGCAGGAGUUUGCUGGGUCACGGCAUUUUUUAAUGCUGCUAUACUGACAGCCAUCACUAUCAGUUUCCCUUUCUGUGGGCCCAACCAGAUUAAUCAUUUCUAUUGUGAGUUACCAGCAAUGCUUCAACUGGUUUGUAUGGAUACAUAUAUGGCAGAGGCCUUAAUCUUUGUCCUGAGUGUGAUUGUACUCAUGCUACCUUUUACCUUCAUAGUGGUUUCUUAUAUCCACAUUGCCAAAGUGGUGCUCAGCAUGGACUCAAUGAAGGGUCAUCAAAGAGCCUUCUCUACUUGUGCUACCCAUCUCACGGUUGUUACAUUGUUUUACAGUACCAUUGGCUUCACAUACUUAAAACCCAGGUCUAAUCAUGUAGCAGAGCAGGAGAAGAAGGCCUCAGUCUUCUAUGCUCUGGUCUCUCCCAUGCUGAAUCCCAUCAUCUACAGCCUGAGGAACAAGGAUGUUAAAGAGGCUUUGGCCAAAGUAAUGGGGAAAGUCAGCUGA